AUGGAGAUUGAUUCAUCGAGGAUUUCCAUUCGUCCGUUCAAGCUAAUGGAUGCGGAUGAUUUCAUGUUAUGGGCAGGUGAUGAUCAGGUCACAUGGUCCCUCCAACGACGCCAGACUUUUACCUCAAAGGAAGAGGCUCUGAAUUUCAUAAAGGAUGUUUGCAUACCCCACCCUUGGCGUUGUCUAUCCAUAUGCCUUGAUGACCGUUCGAUAGGCUUCAUCUCCAUUUUUCAGGGGUCAGACGAUGAUGAUAGGUGUAAGGCUGAUAUGGGGUAUGGUGUUGCCAGAGAUUACUGGGGCCAGGGGAUGAUAACUACCAAGGCAAUGAAGAUCAUCCUCUCACGAGUGUUCAAGGAAGUCCCUGAUUUGGUAAGGUUGCAAGCUUAUGCUGAUGUGGAUAAUAAGGCCUCCCAAAGGGAAUUAGAGAAAGUUGGGUUCCAAGAGGAGGGGCUACUAAGGAAGUAUAGCUUUCUUAAGGGGAAAAUAAGAGAUUUACUUAUCUAUGGUAUUUUAUCAACAGACUCACUACCAAUAGAACCUCCCUCCAUGUUGAAGCCUAAAGCUGACACGAUCACUCUCCGGCCUUUCAAAAUCUCCGAUGUGGAUGACUUUAUGGGAUGGGCCGGCGAUGAUAAUGUCACACGCUAUUGUAGAUGGGAUACCUACACCUCUAGGGAUGAUGCUUUGGUCUUCUUAGAGGAGGUCAUUAGUUCUCACCCUUGGUAUAGAGCCAUUUGCACUAAUGAUGACCGUCCAAUUGGGUCCAUCUAUGUGAUGCCUGGGGUUGGAAAAGAUCAACGGAGGGGAGAGAUUGGAUAUGCCAUAAGUGCAAAGUAUUGGGGGAAAGGCAUUGCAACAAAGGCUGUGAAGUUGGCCAUUUCAUGUGUGUUCAAAGAAAUGAAAUUUCUGGAGAGGGUGGAAGGAUUGGUCUAUGCAGAAAAUAAAGCAUCACAGAGGGUUUUGGAGAAGGCUGGAUUUAUCAAAGAGGGUCUUCUGAAAAAAUAUUUCUUUGUCAAGGGGAAGAGUAGGGAUAUUGUUGUGUAUGGCAUUUUUAACUAA